AUGCAGAUCAUACGCAUUCCGUGUGGUUCGAGCUCAAAAUAUUCCUAUUUCAUCUUCCAUAGUGACAACAAGAGUUCAUGCUUCAACAAGUACUGCCGACGACACUCGAAGAGACCAAAUAUAUAUUUAUCAAUACCUCGUUGUCACAACUCUAAUACGUGCUGUAUAAUAUGUAAACGUAAAAGCUACCUCAUGACUGUACCGAAAGCAGCUCGAACUCAAGCAUUUAUCGAAACUGGAAUAUAUAUUUCUUCGGGAAAAAGAUGUUGUAAAACUCAUAUUACCGGAUUGAUAUUCAGUGAAUUGGCUUUGCAAGUUUUACGCCCUGUUAUUGGCGCCACAAUUCAACCGAAAUCAAGAAACCAAGAGAUGAAUAUGCCUAUACACUACAAGACGCUGCCGCUGAAGGAUGGUCCAGUAGUGAUUCAGAUGAAGAAACCAAUAAGGAAAACUAAAAAAACAUACAUGCUCAAUGUGCCUGAAACUUUC